AUGUCCACCAAAGUGAUUCGCGAAACCAAGGUCCUCUUGACUCCUAACAACUAUGCCCUUUGGCUAUUACUGAUGGAGGCGAAACUCUUUAGAUCAAAACUUCUCAACAUCCUUGAAUGUCAAGUAGAACCGGAAGAAAAAGAAAAAGUAAAUUGGACAAAACUGAAAAACAACACCUAUGCUGAAAUCAUAGCUUACAUUGGUGAAGAAGUACUUGGGUUUGUCAGUUCCACUUUGCCUGCAACCCCUCGUUUCAACAGUCUGGGUCUCUGGAAGCUCUUGAAGUCACAAUACGCUAGCAACAAACUCACCUCUCAAACGACCGCUCUUGAUCAAUUCCUACAUCUCAGCUUUUCCUCUAUUGCCACGUUCAUCCCCACUUGA